UCACCGUAAACAUAACUCUUUCUUAUCAUGUCUUCUAACAUCGAUUCCUUUAAUGUUCGUCAAGUGAUUGGUGAUGUUAUCGAUAUAACAUCUUCAUGUACUAACAUGACUGUCUAUAUCAAUGGCAGGCUAAUCGUUAAUGGUUGUUCUAUUAUGUCUUCAUUAGCAACCGAUGCUCCUCGAAUUCGAUUCCAGGGACAAGCUGGUCACUUAUACACUUUGCUCUUGACGGACCCAGAUAUGCCGAGUCCAAGUAAUCCAACACAGAAGGAGUAUAUUCACUGGAUAGUUACCGACAUUCCAGGGUCUGGAAACAUAAAUGAAGGAAAUGUAAUUUUGCCUUAUGCCCCGCCAACGCCAGCACGAGGCUACCACCGAUAUAUUUUGAUGAUGUUUGAACAAGCGAUGCCUUUAGGACUGCUGCCGCCACCAUUGACUCGUUCUCAUUUUAACUCUAAAUUUUUUGCUUUUGCGCAUCAGCUUGGAGUUCCGAAGGCUGUCGCCUAUUUCUGGGCUAAAAAAGAAACUAGUCAAAGACGUCCAGAGGCAUAAAGAAGACAUAAUGAUUUCCUUGUAUUUUUAUUUCUAAUUAUUUGGUAUUUGUAUUUUUGGAUCUUUUGAUGUUAUAAGUCUAUGUUGCCUUCUUUUUUUUUUUUGUUAGAAUAUGUUAUUAUGAUUAGACAUGGUCGUGAUCCAAUCAAUAAUUGAUUUUGACGCUUGAU